AUGUUGUCAUUGUUUGGAUACUUGGAGCCACUCAAACAACUGUGUCUAUCAAUCGAACAGAGAUACAACCGUCACAAAUGGUCAGAGAUUGAUGGUGCACCAUUCAUUCCAAAGUUGAGAUCACUCACUCGUCAUGCAGUCAUUGGUGGACACCUCCACAUACUUGAAUGGGUGCAUCAACGUUACUUCCCACAUCUCAACGAGGUAUUCUAUGCCCUUGCGACAGAGACCAUUCAAUAUGAUCGAGUUGGCAUUGCUCAAUUCUUUGGACAACAUCCCGAGUUCAGAGCAUUCAAUAACUUUCCAACAACAAAGAACUAUGAGACCAUCAGAUAUCGGACAAGCGAGUCGAUGAUACAUACUUUGAUCAAGUUGUUUGGAAUCACAUUGCCAUUCAAGAAUGAUCCUGAUCACAUCCCAGAUGCAAUGAUCAAUCAUCUCAACCUGGAUGCUGAUGGAUGUCUACGACUGCUCCGUCUUUUCUCGGUUUGGUCAUGUGGGAACCUCAACAUGAUCAAGUAUCUUCAUGUCAAUGGACUGCCAUUCCAUGAAUCUACUAUCUAUGAGGCUGCAUACAACGGCCAUCUGGACGUCAUCAAAUACCUCCUCGAGAACAAGUCGGAUACUUACAUCUGUGAGUAUGCGAUGGACAAUGCUGCGAGGAAUGGCCAUCUUGAUACAGUUCGAUAUCUUCAUGAACAACGAACUGAAGGUUGUUCAGGUCAGGCGAUUGUUGGUGCCGCAGAGAAUGGCCACCUGGAUGUUAUCCGAUUCAUUCUCGAGAAUCGCACCGAAGUUAUGGAUCACAAAACAGCCUUUGAGAGUGCAGCAGUCGAGGGACACCUGUCCGUGGUCGAAUACCUACAUCACUUCGACUCGAGUGUAGAUUGUACCAAUAAGGCGCUAACAUACCCAGCCACGGACGGCCACGCACAUAUAGUCCAGUUCAUUUGUGAGAGAUUUCCAAGUCUUAGAAUUGGUGCUCAUAACCUGAUGAACGUGAGUUCUCGUAAAGUCCUAGAGGUACUUGAUCGAUUGAUGCCAAGUCAGAUAUGGGAGGAUGACAGAAUAUACAAUCGAGACGGUGAUACACUUAUGAAUAGGAUCGAGUAUAUCAUUGACAACAAGUCGACAGAGUACAUUGCCAGAUGUUUGAAUGACAAGGUGUUUGGCAAAUCCAUGCUACUUGAUCAAUCAAAGCUAUUCUUCAAGUUGAUCAAACAUAUGGUUAAUCUAUCCUUCACUUUGGCAACAGUCUUGCCAGCAUGCCUAACGAUGGCGCCAUUUUGCGAACACAAGGACAUCUUGGAGAACAUCUACGAAUCAUGCACACAAGAUGGAAUGGGAGUGCCAUUCCUGUGUCCUCAAGUUGGCGACGACGAUGCAGAAUAUGUAGUUUUGGAUGCAUUGGAGUUCAUUCAUCACAAAGGUGGCCUGCAAUCACCUGCGACCAUCCAGCACGGCAUCUUGAUGGGUGCCAUCAGAUUUGGUCGAUUCGACAUUGUCAAGUUCAUCAUGGACACGGUUGGAUACCGACCCUCUACGCAUGACUUGGCGGUUGCCUUGUUUGAUCGAGCCAUUUCACACGGUCACGUGGACAUCCUCCAGUUCCUGCUUGACAAGAUUGGUGUUGAUGGCCAAUUGCCAGAGUCCAGGGCAUACUACGCAGUAUGUGUUGAUCAAGCCAUUGUCAAUGGCCAUCUGGAGAUGGUGCGAUUCAUCUCUUGCGAAAGAUUCAAGCACCUUAUUUCCAUGACAGCUCAGAGCUCAUUCAAUGAGUAUCUCAAUGAAGUGUUGACAAAGAGUGCCUCUCCAGACACACCUCGAUUCGUGGAGUAUAUGAGGUCCAAUCAUGCAGUCAAAGUCCAAGAAUCCCUAGACCCAUACAAGAUUGGCCAUCGAGACUUUGUCCUCGACCUGGACACCAUAAUCUCAAUUAAUGAGGCAGGUGGUGCAUACCCAAUUUAUCCAGAUACCGCAUAUGAAUUGGAUGUACUCGUUGGAAUUCUUUUGAAGCAACGUUUCAGAGAAGUAUUUGCCAAUCUGCCAAUGGCUGAGAUUGUCCUUUGUCACAAGAAAGGUGUACCAUUCAUCCAAAGAGUAUUCUUCCACAACGACUUGGAUCAUUUUAGAGACUUUCCACUCUCACUGAUACUUCUCUCAAAGUACCUCUUUUAA